GAUAUACAGUAGUGAGUUUUUCUUUUGUAUGGGAGACAGAAGAGCCUGGCACAAACUUUAGUAGAAGACCAUCCUGAUUUACUGAUGCCUGGACUAGGUAGAUUACGCGUUGCUGUCAUCGGGGCAGGUGCAGCAGGACUCUGCGCUGCACGCCAUCUUCUGUCCCGUCCCGAUCUCUUCGCUCCACCUGUUGUUUACGAGCUGACCCAAUGUGUUGGGGGCACCUGGGUGUAUGAGGAACAGGUGGGCACAUAUAAGAAUGGCAUGCCCAUCUACAGCAGCAUGUACCGGGAUCUCAGAACAAAUAUCCCAAAAGAGGUGAUGUCAUUUCCUGAUUUCCCCUUCGAAAGCCACCUUCCCUCUUUUGUCCAUCAUACAGAGGUCCGAAAGUAUUUGGAGAAAUACUGCGACCACUUUAAAAUCAGGGAUCACAUCCAGUUUGAGACAACAGUGGAUGUCGUUGUACCCGUGGGGGUAGAAAAUGGAUGGCAAGGCUUAGCUUGGGAUGUCACCACCAGCGAUGGCAUCGAUCCAAGCACCGCUGUCGAGAGUCGCUUUGAUGCUGUCAUGGUGUGCAAUGGACACUUCUUUGAACCUUACAUUCCAGCAAUCCCUGAUCUGGAGAAGUUCACAGGGACAGUGAUGCACAGCCACACCUAUCGCAGUGCAGAGCCUUUUGCUGGGAAGUCAGUAGUAGUACUUGGAGCGGGCCUUUCUGGCCUGGACAUCGCUCUGGAGCUCUCCAGUGCCAAUGCAGAGGUGGUGUUGAGCCAUGGCCAGAAGCCCCUGAAAGGCCCCCUUCCCCCUGGUGUGCAGCAGUCGCCCCCUGUGUCCAAAGUCCUCGACGAUGGAACCCUGGAGUUUCAGGACGGGAGCCAUGCCCGGCCCGAUGUGUUCCUGAUUUGCACUGGGUACAAUUUCACCUUUCCCUUCCUGGAUAAGCAAGUAGGCCUGAAGGUGAAGGAGCACUUGGUGUCCCCGCUCUAUAAGUUCCUGAUACCCCCAGCGUUCCCAUCACUCUUCAUUGUGGGCGUCUGCAGAGCCAUCUGCCCUUUUCCGCAUUUCCACAUUCAGACCCAGUUCAUCCUGUCUGUGCUGGAUGGCUCUUUCCCUCUCCCCUCACAAGAGGAGAUGGAGAAGGAUAUAGAGCUUGACGAAGACGCCCGUCGUGCCAGGGGCAUCGCCACACGCCACAUCUUGAAGCUUGACUCAGAACAGUGGGCCUACAAUGAUGAGCUGGCUCGUCUUGCUGGCUUUCAGCCACUUCCUCCAUACUGGAGCAACCUGUACGAGUCCAACAAGGUGUUCCGCUCCCAGGACAUGCUCAACUACAAGACCUACAACUACAAAGUGCUCAGCCAGGAGGAAUGGACGGUGCAAGGGCCACAGGGGCAGUCUCUUCCCAAACCACUGCUGUAA